AAAAAUAAAGUUUAUUAACAAUUCAAGUAGAACAUAGACUACACUCACAACAAAACAGAUUUCGUAAAUGAUGUAUCGCCACCAAAUAUGGGAGAAAUUAAGGACGAUGUCCUGAAGGUUCAAUACUCAAUAAAAUAUUAAAAAGAAUCUUUUGUUUACCCUAUACACAACAAAAUAUAAAAAAGCCUAACUAUGAAAAUGUACAUUUUUAAAUGUGUUCAACUUAGAUCUUAGCUUUUGAAUAAUGUAAUGCAAUGUGUAAAUAAUAGUGGUAAUAUAGAUAAUGGAAUAUUUUAUAUUAUAUCCAUCUUCACAUCUGAAGAAUAAUUGAGCAAAUUAAUUGAGCUAUAAAUUCAAUGUGUUUUUACUAUCCCAGAUUUUAUACCAGACAUUCUGUCGUCUAAUAAACCAAAAUUGGAGUGCUUGCUAAUAACAGAAUAGCAAAUUCUAUUAGAGUUUGACCAGGAGUCGAAUAAUAAUUUGAAAUCACUGUCUUUGCUUUGUGAAACUCAUUUUUGAUUUCAGAUUUAGACUCAAAAUGCUAUCUGGUUUUCACUCAAAAAAUAAUCAAAAUUCUAGGAAUUAGAAGUAAAUUGAAGUUCACUGUUUGAAGAACGAUGUACAGAUAUAUGAUCACUGUGUGGCUGUUUGGAACAGUCAAAUAAAAAACUGAAGGAGAGAUAAGGUAAUCGUAAAGAGUCUGAAGGAUUGAAGUUCAUUCAUCUGACAUGCUGCUCUGUUAAAGACUCUGGCCGGCCUUAUAUGAGGAGUAUAAUGCACCAAUGCCAUUAGCUGCUCUUAUCUCAGGGAAAGAAAUUGUAUAUAAGGGGUGCUAGAGUAACUGGAGGAGCAUGUCUCUCAUCUCAACUCCUUCAUCAUCAUGAGUGCAUCAACAAGCUUGAAGCUGCGUUUGCCAACCUUCGUGUUGGUGCUGGAGGUUGAAAUGAUUGCACUCUACGGUAUCUUCAUCACCUAUGACGAUAACUCCAAUGCGAAGCUGCAAAACAACAAGACCGACCCGAUGGAGAACUCAAUGUAUCGGGACUACCCGUACUUUGCUGAUAUUCAGGUGAUGAUCUUCCUGGGCUUUGGUUGCCUGCUGGCCUUCUUUCGCUUCUACGGCUUCAGUGGGAUGGUGUUCAACUUCCUCACAGCCACCUUAGCCAUCCAGUGGGCCAUCCUGAUUCAAGGGUACUUCCAGUUUUACUCUGACGGUAAAAUCCACUUGGGACUUAUCAAUCUCAUAAACGCAGAAUUUGCCUGUGCUGUGGUCCUCAUCUCAUUUGGAGCUGUGCUUGGGAAGACCGGCCCUGUUCAGCUCCUGGUCAUGGCUUUGCUGGAGAUUCCUAUCUUUGCCGUCACCGAGUGGGCUGUACUGAAAUAUCUACGGAUCAAUGACGCAGGAGGCAGUAUUCUUAUUCAUCGGUUUGCCUGUUACUUUGGGCUGGGGGUAACUUUUGUCCUCUAGCGCCCAAGUUUGAAUAAAGGACACCCCAAAGAGACCACGAGAUAUAACUCCGACAUCCUGUCUGUGAUGGGAACGCUUUUUCUUUGGGUGUUUUGGCCUUCAUUUAACUCUGCUCUCACAUUUAAAGGUGACGACCAGCACAGAGCCGUACUCCACACAUUCAGCCUGAGCUCAUCCACUAUCACUGCCUCAUUACUGUUUAAACUUUACCUUUAAUAACAUAAAGUUAUCUAAUUUUUAAAGUGCAAUCAGUAA